UGUAUUUCUAUCGCUGCACACUGGGCCGGAAAAGCUCGACCUGUACGCGAGAGUCGACUGGAAAAAAGAAAAGAUUAUAGGGGAAGAGGGUUUCGAGCAAAGCUUCUUUUCCAGAAGUUCUCGGAAGUUUCGUAGUUGGUGUAAUCAGUGCAGUGCCGUGUGAAGUGAAGUGCGUCUCUUUUGCUUUAUAGCUGUGUACAGCGCGCGUACCUCGUCGCCCGAGCGAGUGAGCGUGGCAUCGCCCUCUUAUUCAAUGUAAACAUGUAGGCAGCUUUUGUAGCUGCUUUAGGCUAGCGCGCAGCGACUGUGUUUUCUACAUCAAUUGGGCGAUAUAACAGUGCGAGUCGUUUUGUCGACUGUUGUGUCUCUCGCGUGUGUAGCUGUAGCCGAGUCUCGUAGGUGAGUGUGAUCUGUUUUUCUCGGCCGUUGCCGUUGACAACAGCAAGAAGCCCACAGCCGCGCCACGAGCUUGCUGCUGCUGCAGUUGAGCCAAGAUGAGGCCGAGACUGUUUCUUAGCCUGCUCGUGCUGUGCGCCUUUUUCGUCGCCUCGCAGUCGAAGCUGCAACAACAGCAGCAGUCGACCGUCGACAACGACGACGAUGACGAAGAUGAGGACGAGUGGGACGAGGACAACAGCCGCGAGAACAACUAUCCGUCCAAGCCGGAGAUCGACGACGAGGGACGCGUGUACAAGAACCCGCGCAACUCGCCGUCGGCACACUGUCCGCGGGACGAGGAGCAGGCCGAGAUCAUCGGCCAGAAGUGCCUGCGCAAGUGCUCCACCGACGAGGACUGCAAGAGCAAGAAGAAGAAAUGCCGCUGUGACGGUUUCUGCGGCAUGUCGUGCAUCAAGCCCGACCGAGAGUGUCCCGAGCUCAUGGAAAUCGAGCACGGCGUCAUGGUGAUCAGCGGCCGAUUUUUUGGUGACAAGGCCAAUUACACCUGCGAUCCGGGCUACUUCAUCGUGGGCCUGGCGCAAAGAACCUGUCGGGCCGACGGCCGAUGGUCCGGCGUCACGCCGAAUUGCAAAAAGGACCCAACCUCGUUCUGUCCGGCGCCGCACAAGUUCCCGAACGCUCGGCACAACGCCUUGCCCGAGCAGUCGAGCUUCGAUCUCGAUAGCAUGGUCCAGUACUUCUGCAAUCACGGCUAUGUGACCAAGGGUUCGCCGAAGGCCAAGUGCCUGAUGACGGAGGGUCAGGCUGGAUGGUACGGGCCAGAUAUCGUGUGCGAACCGCAGAGUUGCGGAGCACCACCCGACAUUGCCAAUGGAUGGCAUGCUGGUGAAUGUUACAAGUACGAUUGCCAUGUCUCAUAUCACUGUGCUGACGGUUACGAGCUGGUUGGCAAAACUGAAAAAGUUUGCGUUGCUGAUGGCUCUUGGCUUCCGUCUGAACUUCCAAAAUGUGUCGAGGUGACGUCGGUGGAAUGCGAGCCACCGGAGAACCCAGUUAACGGGAAAGCCAUUUACACGUCUAUCGCCUAUAAUUCAGUUGUGUCGUACGAGUGCAAAACUGGAUUCACCAUUGUCGGCGCGUCAACGAGACGAUGUAGCGCUGACGGGAAGUGGACCGGUCACGCGCCCAGUUGUCGCGAAAUCAAUUGUGGUCCACCGGGCAUACUUUAUAAUGGCUGGAUCGAUAACAUAGAAAAUGGAACUGGCAUGGGGGCGAGCGUAAUCUUUCGCUGCAAGGAGCACAUGAAACUCGAGGGCCACAGCUCGAGUCUGUGCCAGAUGGACGGCAAAUGGCGUUAUCCAGUGCCCCAGUGUCUAGCGCCGUGUAUAGUGCCGAAAAUCGCCCGCGGCCACGUGUACGUUUACUCGGACGAGCGCGAUCACAUCAACAACGUGACGAUCGCCGAGCACGGCAAGCGACUCGUGGUCGAGUGCAUAAGCGACUACGAGUUCGCCAUGGCUCAUCAUCCGGUCGAGUGCAACAACGGCACGUGGACCAUCGUGCCCUCGUGCACGCCGGCUCGCUGCAAGCUCAUGCCCAAGCCGCCCAAGAACGGCAUGGUGAUCGCGCCCAAGACCGAGCACGGCAUGAAGGCCGUGUUCAAGUGCAAGGACGGCUUCGAGAUGAUCGGUGGCGGUCCGUACAACAAUUCGUUCUCCGUCGAGUGUCAGUACGGCAACUGGACCGGUGACAUUCCUCACUGCAUCGAAGUCUACUGCCCGUUCCCCGGCUACGUGCAAAACGGCAAAGUCCUGCUGGUUGGAAAUAUGGGAGUCUACGAUUACCGACCUUACGUUAAGAAAAUUGUUAAUAAUAAGCAGAUAAUGUACGACUGCGACAAAGGUUACUAUCUCGCGUCCGGACCACCAGGUGCCACCUGCAUCGGAGGCUCUUGGAGUCCCAAAGAGCUGCCCAAGUGCGAGCUGGGUCAGCAUCCUCGUAUCCGUUGGAACCGUAGAAAGAGGUCUGCCGGAGAGCACAGAAACGAGACGGUCGUCGUUGCCUAUCGCAAAUUCAUCGACUUCUUCCGCAAGCUCGGCAAGAAACUGUUGGAGCUCGAAAUGGAGAAAAGUCACGACGCGAUGACUCACGCCGACGAAAUCAACGAGGUCAUAAAUCAGACCAUUUCUGGCAAUAACACGGUCGUGGUGCAUCGCAAUGUGAGCAGGAGCCACGGUGGGCACGGUGGUAAAACUCGAGACGAAAAGAUGAUCGACUUUUUACGCGUGGUGUACCGCAAGUUGCAGAGAAUCGAUGCUCGUCACGCCAACAACGAAACCAAUUUGACGAUGCACGACCUGCUCAACGCCAUGAGCAAAAAUUUCUUCAACGUCGACCUCUCCGAGAACAAGAAAAAUGGUGUAGGCAAAAAUCACGAAAAUGCCGAGACCAAGAGUCAGAGAGAAUUCACCAAGUUGAAGCGCGAGUUCGAGAGGAUUACCAAGUUUUACAAUAAGUCAUUGCGAUGGAGCGAGAAACAUUUGCGUAAAGACUUGAAGAAGAAGAAAAAAGACCGAGGACACCAAGAGAAGAGCAGAUCGAAGGAUAAAGGCAAGGAAAAAGAUAAGGAAAACGCGAAGGAAAAGGAUACGGAAAAAAAGAAGCACAAAUCACCGAACCACUUCAAGGGUUUUUAUGAGUUUAUCAACGACUACGUAACUCAAAAAUUGUCCGCUCUCGAAGCACAAAACGCCACCGAAGAACUGAUCAAGAAAAUGAAGAUCGAGCGAGUGUCGGGUCGAAACAAUACGAGUUUCACCGUCGGCGAGAUCUACACGUUUUUCAAACAUAUCAUUGAAAGUAAGCUCAAUUCGUCCAAAAGCGAUAACAACGAGACUACUGCGAUUCCAAUCUCGGCGGCUACAUCGACGACGAGCACUUCGGUAGCUCCGAAACCAGACAGUAGAACGACGACGACGCCGGCGAUAAUUAACGACAGUAGCAGUAGCAGCAGCAGCAGCAGCAGCAGCAGCGCAACGAAGAAAAUCGCCACCUCCACUCCUGCCAGUGUUACCGCUGCUUCAAGCACUAGUACUGCCACCUCCACUUCCACCACACCAUCCGUCUCGGACAAUGAGAUCCCGUCAAUGGGUAUCGAUAGCAAUCAGCCCAAAUCUCGAAGCAAGCGAAUCAGGGAUUUAUCCGCCACGAAGAUUCCUCCCGUGAUGGAGGUGCGACGUAAGUUACUGUCCAUAAACCACAUACUGUCGGGCAGCAGUGAGUUGACCAAGUCCAAAGUCGACGCGCCGAGCAGUCGCACCAAGCGCUUCCUUCCCCCCUCGCACGGAGAGCUCGAUAAUCAAAUAUUUCUCAAAAAUUUGUACAUCAAAGAGUACGAGAACGAGUACAACAUGAAACGUUCGCCUUGAACGCCAAGCGCGCACCAAGACACAGCCAAUCGAGAUGAUGAUGUCCCCUUGUAGUAGGAUUAACGUGAAAUUCGACAACCGAGCAGCGAACAUCAAAAAACUGAAAGGGUUUUUACCUCCAUUGUGAUAUUCACGGAAUUUUUUCAUUGUUUAAUUGUAACAACUAAAUUCGAUCAUUGAUCUUAGCCAAGUAAUGUAAGAGUAAAAAAAAACUGACUUCCGACGCGAUUACGUACAUCUAUAUAUAUUAUAUAUAUAAAGUCACACUUCACUUGAAACCAUACCACAUUUACACAGGUAUACACACACUUAUACACACACUCACGCACAAGCUCAAUGUAACGAUUAUACAAACACACACUCGAGGUGUCCGCCCGCCCGCGCGCAGCAGACGAAAGACACAAAUACUGAGAUAAUAGUUACUUGUAUGCUCUGAUUUACUCGUUUAUGCCGUCGAUAUAUUAUAAUAACAGUAUAUUAAGUAUAGUCGCGCGCCCUGACACGUUUUAUUGUACUGUAUAAACGUAAGGAUAUGCGCGUAUUCGCGACGCUGUUUUUUGAGAUGAUAAAUUAUAAGAUCUUUUACCAUUAAAAAUCUAAUGACUGAUGAUGACUUUCAAGACGUUUGCAUAAUCUAUAUUAAAAAAUUAUUUAUAAAUAUAUAAAUAUAUACUACUGUUCAGACUUUAUUAGAGACAAAAAAAGUGUUAUUUCUUAAUAUCUUAAUAUCUGUGUCAUAGUAUAUCUUAAAAAAAGUAAAACGGACAUUGACUUUUUCAGCGUUGUACAAAAUAAGACACAUGUUUUUGGACUAUUGUUUUUAAUCGACUUUUAUUUUAUGUAUUAUAUACGAUGGAAAU